GCGAUGGUAUUUUCGUCAAUUAGAUGCGUGAGAGGUUUUAGGGUUUAAGAACAAACUCGAAGCCGCUCUCAUUACCCACUCUCGCUUCCAUUGUUGAGCUUUUCUGAGUUAUUCACUCCCGAUAUCAUCUCACCAUGUGGGCUCUUCGUAGAGCUUCUACUCCUCUCAGGAAUCAUGGGUAUAGAGUAAGAACUUCAUUUGUCUUUGGCAAACUAGAGGUACCAUAUUUUGGGGAAGGAAAUAUAGCUGGUUUUGGAACCACCGCUACUUUAUCCGACAGAUUCAUUUCUUUUGAGAGAAAUAACCUUGCAACAUGGCCGUCCUCUGGGAUUUGUAUCAGUAGUCAUGGUCUGUCUACACAAGCUGGUGCUGAGAACAGUGGAGAGGAAGUUAAUAUGGAAGAUGGAUUUUCCGAACUUGAUGAAACACAUCCAACCACUAGAUCAGAAAUUUCUGACGACGAUGAGAAUGUUGUUGAUGAUGGGACUCAAAAUGAACUGGAUUUACCGGAGGGAGAAACUGGACUUGCUGAAAAGAUAUCUAGAAAAAGGGCUCCUUCAGAGCUGACCAAAGCUAUUUGGAAUGCUCCAGCUUUAUCUGUCGGUAGUGCACUUGAUAAGUGGGUCAGUGAAGGAAACGAACUAAGCCGGGAUGAUAUCUCUUCGACCCUGACCAGUCUUCGUAGACGUCGAAUGUUUGGGAAGGCUUUGCAGUUUUCGGAGUGGUUGGAAGCAAGCGGACAGCUCGAAUUUAAUGAAAGAGAUUAUGCUUCUCGUCUUGACUUGAUUGCAAGGGUACAAGGUCUCGAUAAGGCAGAGAGUUACAUUGCUAAAAUCCCAGAGUCCUUCCAGGGGGAGGUGAUAUACCAAACCCUUUUAGCUAACUAUGUGAUUGCCAACAAUGUAAAAAAAGCGGAGGAAGUGUUCAACAAAAUGAAGGACCUUGAAUUCCCAAUGACACCAUAUCCUUACAACCAGAUGCUUAUUCUUUACAAGAGGAUUGACAAGAGGAAAAUAGCCGAUGUUUUAUUGUUGAUGGAGAAAGAAAAUGUCAAGCCUUCUCCGUUUACUUACAAAAUUUUAAUAGAUGCUAAAGGCCUUUCUAAUGAUAUAAGUGGGAUGGAACAAGUUGUUGAUUCAAUGAAGGCCGAUGGAAUUGAAGUUGAUGUUGGUACACUUUCCCUAUUAGCUAAACACUAUGUUUCAGGUGGUCUUAAAGACAAAGCCAAGGCCAUUUUAAAGGAUAUGGAAGAAAUUAACUCGAAAGGUUCUCGAUGGCCAUGCAGAAUUUUACUUCCCCUUUAUGGAGAACUCCAAAUGGAAGAUGAUGUGAGGAGGGUCUGGAAAAUCUGUGAGGAAAAUCCUCGUAUUGAAGAAUGUAUGGCUGCCAUUACUGCUUGGGGAAAGCUGAGGAACGUCCAGGAAGCAGAAAAAGUUUUUGAUAGAGUUGUAAAAACAUGGAAGAAGCUAUCCACAAAACACUAUUCUACCAUGAUGAAUGUUUAUGGAGACAAUAAGAUGCUGACGAAGGGCAAGGAACUAGUCAAUCAGAUGGCAGAGAGGGGUUGCAGCAUGGAUCCGUUUACAUGGGAUGCAGUUGUGAAGCUCUAUGUGGAAGCAGGGGAGGUAGAAAAGGCAGACUCUUUCUUGGUUAAGGCUGCUAAAAAAUUCGGGAUGAAGCCAUUGUUUAACUCAUACAUGACUCUCAUGGAUCACUACGCAAGGAGGGGUGAUGUUCACAAUGCAGAGAAAAUCUUUCAUAGGAUGAGACAAUCGGGUUUCAUGGCUCGUUUCGGCCAAUUUGGAACUCUAAUACGAGCAUAUGUUAACGCCAAGACUACGGCCUAUGGUAUGAGAGAGAGAAUGAUGGCAGAUAAAGUUUUUCCAAACAAAGCUUUGGCAGAACAAUUAGCUCAAGUUGAUCCUUUUAGAAAGACAGCGGUGUCAGAUUUGCUCGACUGAAAAACAUAACCUGUUAGUUUUGGAAUGGAUUCUUCUCAUCGGCUUCUUCUUCAUUCUUCUUCACGAUUUUCACAUUCAUCUUCUUGUUAGUUAUUCUCUUUGAGCUGGUUUUCCUUCUUCUUCUUCUUCUUGUUCAAUUGUUAUAGGUUUUUCAUAAUGUUAUUUAGUUUUUCUUUUAUUAAGUUCAGACCAAAUUGAACUGUAGUGAAUUGGAACUUAUUGUUAUUUUUCAUAAUGUUUUUCUUCUAGGUUUUACUUUAAAUUAGUCCAAAUUGAACUGAACUAAAUUGGAAAUAAUUGGAAUUUACUUGUAUA